AUGCCGACAUGCAUUUGCCCACAUAGUACUAUCAAGAGUGUAAUAGAAACUCUGCGUAUCAUUUUGAAGGAAUCGGGCUACGAGUGCUCCAAAAUAGAUGACAACCGUAAAGCUUUAGUAGAAAAGCAUGAUAUCCAAAUGUUACGCUUUCAAUAUUUGAGGCAAUUAAGAAAAUAUCGUGACGAGGGCCGCUAUAUCGUAUACACAGAUGAAAGUUAUGUUCAUACAACACAUCUGCAAAACAUGUGCUGGAAACCAGUCAAAGGAGUAUCAGCAGUGCAAAAAAAGUUGUCGAAAGGUACUCGGGUCAUAAUUUUUCACGCUGGUGGAUGUGAAGGAUUUGUUCCAAAUGCUAGUUUGGUGUAUAAAGCAAACUACACAAGAGGAGAUUAUCACGACAACAUGAAUCUGGAUAAUUAUAAGAAAUGGCUCACCACACAAUUACUGCCCAAUCUCCCGGUAAAGGCUGUCAUCGUUGUGGAUAACGCUUCUUACUACAAUGCUUUAUUAGAAAAAGCUCCCAACUCCAACUCAAAUAAGCAAGUCAUGCAAACGUGGCUUGCAGAAAAAAUAUUCAGUUUGACGAAUCAAUGA